CGAUUUCAGCCUCAGUUCGAUUUCAUUUGAUCUGCAUUGCGGUUGUGUUUAUAGAGAUAUAUCCCCGGCACCAUGAAUGCCUGGAUCUCGUUUACGUUUGUCGCGUGUCUCUUUGCGGCGAGUGCAGAAACCGCCUCCAAUUUAGUCUGCUACUACGACUCUUCGAGUUACACGAGAGAAGGCCUGGGCAAGCUGCUCAAUACGGAACUGGAAGUCGGUGCACAAUUCUGCACCCACUUGGUAUAUGGCUAUGCGGGAAUCCGUGGUGAAAAUCUCCAGGCUUACAGUCUAAACGAGAACCUGGACAUCUACAAGCAUCAGUUCAGCGAAGUGACCUCCUUGAAGAGGAAGUAUCCCCAUCUGCAAGUUCUGCUGAGUGUGGGCGGUGAUCACGACAUCGAUGUGGACCAUCCCAACAAAUAUAUCGAACUACUGGAGGGCGAGAAAGUGCGUCAAAUUGGAUUUAUCCGAUCGGCCUACGACUUGGUGAAGACCUACGGAUUCGAUGGCUUGGAUCUGGCCUAUCAGUUCCCCAAAAAUAAGCCAAGGAAGGUUCACGGUGACUUGGGAACGGCUUGGAAGAGCAUCAAGAAACUAUUUACUGGAGAUUUUGUAGUGGAUCCACAGGCCGCUCUUCACAAGGAACAGUUCACCGCAUUUGUGCGGGAUGUCAAGGACUCUCUACGUGCCGAUGGAUUCCUGCUUAGUUUGACUGUCCUUCCCAAUGUAAACUCUACUUGGUACUUUGACAUUCCCGCUCUCAAUGGUUUGGUGGACUUUGUGAAUCUGGCUGCCUUUGAUUUCCUGACUCCGGCUCGUAAUCCCGAUGAGGCGGAUUAUAGCGCUCCCAUUUACCAUCCCGAUGCAUCAAAGGAUCGGUUGGUCCAUCUCAACGCUGAUUUCCAAGUGGAUUAUUGGCUAAAACAGGGAUUCCCAUCGACUAAGCUGAAUCUGGGAGUGGCUACCUACGGAAAUGCCUGGAAACUGACCCGCGAUUCCGGUCUCGACGGAGUUCCAGUGGUGCCCGCGACCAAAGGAGCUGCUCCUGAGGGUUUCCAAUCGCAGAAGCCUGGACUACUGAGCUAUGCCGAAAUCUGCGGAAAGUUGAGCAAUCCCAACAAUCAAUACCUUAAGGGUAACGAUUCGCCACUGAGAAGGAUUGCUGAUCCCACGAAGAAAUUCGGUGGUAUCGCUUAUCGCCCUGAAGAUGGUCAAAUUACCGAAGGUCUUUGGGUGAGCUACGAUGAUCCCGAUGCGGCGUCCAACAAGGCUUCAUACGUCCGUGUCAAGAACCUGGGGGGCGUGGCACUGUUCGAUUUGAGCUACGAUGAUUUUCGGGGACAGUGCACAGCUGACAAGUAUCCAAUCCUGCGGGCCAUUAAAUAUCGCCUAUAAAUAAACAUAAAAAUAACCUUUAUGCGGAAAAAAAGUUUUAAAUAAACAAUGCUCACUUGCAUCAAA